AUGGGCUACAUAUAUGAAUUGAUGGAUGCCGCCAAGGAGAAGAUUGCAUUUGGAUUGAAGAAGAACCCUAGACAUUAUCAACCAAUUUGGAACAAAAUUGAUGCAAGGUGGACUCCUCAACUACAUCAACCUUUGCAUGCUGCUGGAUAUUUUCUAAACCCUCAACUACAUUAUGAAGAUUACUUCUCAAUUGUUUUAGAAGUCAAGAAAGGAUUGCAUGAAUGCAUGGAUAUGAUGAUGUCAUUUGAGGAUCGGAUAAGGGUUGAUAUCCAAUUGGAGAUGUUUGAUAAAUGCAUUGGAGAGUUUGGAAGUAAGAUAGCAAUACAUUCCAGGAAGCUAAGAAGUCCAGCGAGUUGGUGGAAGCGUUUUGGAGAGGAAACACCUGAGUUGAAAAAGUUUGCUAUCCGUGUACUUAGCCUAACAUGUAGUGCCUCUGAAUGCGAGAGGAAUUGGAGUACCUUUGAGUCGAUUCACACUAAGAAAAGGAAUCGACUUGAGCACAAAAGAUUAAAUACAUUGGUUUAUGUCAAGUAG